AUGCCUCCAAUGAUCCAGAAACUCUUCUUGGCGGCCGCCUUCCCUCUGGCCGAGUUGGCACUGGACGCCAAUGAAAGAAUGGUGGCACCGGCAGUCUCGAUCGUCCCGGCCGACUCGUCGGCUUCGGGCUUUGACUAUUUCGACUCUGAAGUUGCACAGUUGACGAGCGAAGUCAUAGCGAAUCUCACAACUCUACGCCUGUCAAACAUCUCUCUGUUCGAUUUUGCUCCCUCUGGCGCUAAGUGUCGGAAAAUGGGGGAAGCACCAUCCUGCAGGGCCUUCCCCGGGACAGAGGAUUGGCCUUCGGAUGUUGUCUGGAGGGUCCUCGAUCUCCUGGCGGGCGGCACGCUCAUCAAGAAUGCACCCCUAGCUGCUCCAUGUUUCAACAGCUGGCCCGAACUGAGGGACAACGAGACAUGCGAUUAUAUCAAGGCCCACUGGAACGAACCAAGAUUCCAAGUCGACUCGCCCGGCAGCAUCAACUUCCACCUCUACGAGGGGAGGACCUGCCUGGUCUCGGACAACCCCGAUGGCGAGUGCACGCUCGGGGGCUUCCCGAGCUACGUCGUCAACGCCACCAACGUCGCCCAGAUCCAGCUGGCCGUCAACUUCGCCCGCAACGCGAACCUGCGCCUGGUCAUCAAGAACAAGGGCCACGACUUCAACGCAAAGUCCUCGGGCGCCGGCGCCGUGUCCGUCUACACCAACUACCUCCGCGAGAUCCGCCACAUCCCCGACGUCGCCGUCGGGCCCUAUUCCGGCCCCGCCUUCAAGGUUGGCGCCGGCGUCGAGGUCAGCACCCUGUACGAGGAGGCGGAUAAGCUGGGCCUCAGCGUCGUCGGCGGAAUCGGAAGGACCGUCGGUCUCGCGGGCGGAUAUUCGCUGGGCGGCGGCCACUCGCCGCUGAUGAGCCUCUACGGCAUGGCGACGGACCAGAUCCUGUCGAUGGAGGUGGUUCUCCCGAGCGGGCGCUUCGUCACGGUCAGCGAGGACAGCCACCCGGACCUGUACUGGGGCAUGCGCGGGGCGGGCGGGUGCACGUUCGGCGUCGUCGUCUCGGCCGUCGUGGCGGCGUACCCCAGGCUCCCCGUCGCGACGCUGACGUACGCCAUCAGCACGCCGCAGCCGGGCGACGCCGCGGCCGUGGACGCGUGGUGGGCCGGGGUGCGCGCCUUCUGGGAGACGUUCGUCCCCAACGCCGACGCGGGCCACUACGUCUACUUCAGGCUGACGUGCGCGACGCCCGACGACGCCGGGAACUGCACCCUGCAGCUGAUGCCGUACUGGGCCAACAACAUGACGGCCGCCGACCUCCGCGCCUGGAACGACCCCUUCUUCGCCCGCCUCGCCGACCUCGGCAUCCCCGUUAUCAACCCGGUCUACAAAGAAUACCCGUCCCUCCUCGCCGCCUUCGACGGCACCUUCCCCCCGGGGACCGAGUCCGCCGGCACGGCGACGACGCAUGUCUCGUCGCGCCUCUUCCCGCGCUCCAGCUGGGAGGACCCGGAGCGCCUGGACCGGACGGCGGCGGCGAUCCGCGCGACGCUCGAGGCUGGCGGCAAGAUGCUGGCGUACAACUACCGGGCGCGGCCCAACGGGCGCGUCAGCCAGGCCAACGCGGCGCACCCGGCGUGGCGGCGGGCCGUCAUGUUCGCCAUGAUGGCGAACCCGACGUUCGGCCCGGGCGCGUCCGCCGAGGACGUCGCCGCCAGCAGUAAGGGGUUGGUCGAGCUGUCGCGGCCGUGGAGGGACGUGACGCCCGGCUCCGGGUCGUACCUCAACGAGGGGGACAUCAACGAGCCGGACUUCCAGCGGGCGUUUUAUGGGGAGGGGUAUGAGCGCCUGAGGCGGAUCAAGGGGCGGUAUGAUCCUGAGGGGGUGUUCUACACGUAUAAUGGCGUCGGCAGCGAGGAUUGGGAGGUCACGGGGCAGGUGGAGUAUUACCCCACCACGAAUGGGAGGCUGUGUCGGAGGACCUAGGAUUAAUGGGUGGAAGGGGGGAAGGGGAAAGGAAAGGAUUGGCCCCGGGAGAGCAGGGAAUUAUGAGUUACGGUCGAUUCGCUUUGUGUGAUCCACGAAACUGCAUGUCUAGAUCAUGAUCAUGAUGAUGAGUUAAUUUUAUCUUUAAAUCUCCGAUUCUGUCCCUGGUAUGGGCCGUCAUCAACGAUAUGAGAGAGGCGGGGACAAUAAUGAAGCGGGGACUAUGACUGGCUGGAGUGAUGGAACAGGUGCGAGGGC